AUGUCCGGCUUGAUAUACUUACCGGGCGAAGAACGUCGUAUUGCACCGCUAUUAUUGCUGAUUCCCCCUUCUUCAUCUGGUGACACAGAUGCGGAGGAUGAGCAUAUAAGACGUUGCAUAGAGCCACAUCGCACAGAGCCACAUCGCACAGAGCCACGUCGCACAGAGCCCCGUCCAUUGGUGCCCGAAUUGAACAAGUCUUACUACCCUCCCCUCAGGCCAUCUUCUUUUUGUACACUUCGAUUGCCUUCGCCCGAGCCGCAGACAAUGGUGAACGUUGUGGUGGAAAACCCCAUUCCUGGGACUAUCUUUCUUGUUGACCUCAAUCGCAACUUGCGUCUUCGUCAUGCAGGUGGAGGUGACGGCGACAUCGUCCUUGAUCCUGCCCCAAGCGACGACCCAGAGGAUCCUCUGAAUUGGACUCCUCGUCGCAAAGUCCUUGCUUUGAUCUGUCAGAACCUUUACACCUGGUUCACGGGCAUGUCUGUUGCCACUGUGUACUCAGUCCUCGUCCCGCUCGCGCAGCAGUCCAAGGUUUCAAUUCAGACGCUCAACGAGGGAACUGGAUAUAUGUACCUUCUAUUGGGCUGGGGUUUGUUGUUUUGGCAACCCUUCUCGCUGCGAUAUGGCAAGCGUUUGACCUACCUCGUAUCUGUCCUUGGAGCCAUCGGAACAAGCGUUUGGAGCGCACACGUCUCAAGCAACGGAGAAUGGAUCGCCAAAUGCAUCAUCCAAGGCUUCUUCAUCGCACCCAUUGAAGCCCUGCCUGAGAUCUCAAUCACUGACCUCUACUUCACUCACCAACGUGGAACCUACAUGGGCAUCUACGCCCUUGCCCUAGCCGGCAGCAACUACUUCGCGCCGGUCAUAUGUGGCUUCAUUGCCGAGUAUCAAGGCUGGAAAUGGGUGUUCUACUGGCCUGCUAUCUUCCUCUCAUUCGUCUUCGUGUUUCUCUUCUUCUUCAUGGAAGAAACCAAUUACAAUCGUGUCGCCCGACAAGUCGACCAUGUACCAUUCAGUCCGUCCCGAUUGAUCGUUGAGAACAACGGCAAGACCGAAGAAAAGGAUGCUGACGCUGGGGGAUCUGAGGUCAGAGAGGCUGACGAGGCGAACGUCCAAUAUGCCAAACCGAGAACGUUCUUGCAGAAGUUGUCGCUUUGGCAACCUACCCCAAGCCAGAGUAUGGCUCGUCACGCUGGACGCUCGCUUCAGUACCUCAGUUGGCCUGUCAUCUUUUUCGCUGGCUUCUCGUACGGCUCGUAUCUUAUCUGGUUCAACGUCCUCAAUGCGACAGCAUCUAUCAUCCUGUCAGGCCCCGGGUAUGGCUUCAAGCCGUCAAUGGUCGGACUGAGCUACCUGUCCUGCUGUCUGGGUACCAUUAUCGCUGCCAUUCUCGCAGGACGAUUGAGCGACUGGCUUACUAUCAAACUCGCACGCCGCAACAAUGGUAUCAUGGAAGCCGAGCACCGUCUGUGGCCGCUGGCGAUCUGUGUAAUUGGCGUUCCGGCAUCCUUGAUCCUCUGGGGCGUCGGCGCGCAACACGGCGUUCACUGGUUCGGCCUCAUUUUCGCCAUGUGCACUUUCUACUAUGAACUCAGUGGUGAUGCGAUUGUUACGAUUAUUUUAGUUCGCAACACCAUGUCUUUUGCUAUUAGUUAUGGCAUCACACCCUGGAUCACCAACAUGGGCUAUCAGAAUUGUUUCAUCUCAGCUGCAUUUAUCGCUUUGGCCGCUUGUUCUGCUUGCUUCGUCAUGAUCAGGUUUGGUAAAUUGCUUCGACAGCGAAGCGCCCCCCGGUAUAAAGAAUUGGUUGAUGACGACAAGAGGGUCGCAGGAAUUGCUACGUGA